UCAGUCACUUCACACUUCCUGUUUCUCCCAUCAGCUCUCCCUCUGUUUGGAGGGUGGAUGUCUGAGUUUUAUUAAUUUGUGCUGAUUAGGCAUUCAUCAAGCAAGGCUAGGUAAUAUGCAAUACAGUUUGACACUCACUAGGUGGCAGACAUGCUGCUUCUACCAGGCAUCAUCAGCUGCUGACACGAAAAACAGCCUCUCUCACAGACACAGACACACACACACAAUUCUCAUCCAUCCAGUCAAAUUUUAGGUUAUAUUCACAAUGCUGUGAUCUGUCAGUUAAUCAGAUGUGAAAGCAUCAGUGCCUGAUCCAUAAGUGCUGAUACGUCCCCAAAACUGUAACAAAAAACCUUCAGGCAUUGGUCAGGCUAUAAUCUAGAAACUAUACACUAAUAGGCCAUUAUUGUUGAACUCACUUUACAUGAUCUAAUGUCAGAGUUGUUGAAAUGAUAGUGGUUGUAACCUUUCUUCAUUCUUUUUUGAGAGCAGAUUACUAUAACUGAAACAAUUAGUUAAAUGAUUUGUUGAUUGACAGAAAAUUAACAAUUUUGAUAAUUGAUCAAUGUAAGUCCUUUAUCAAACAAAUAUACCACACAUUCUCCAGCUUGUUAAAUGUGAAGAUGUGCUACUUUUCUCUUUAAUAUGAUUAUAAAUGUAAUAUCUUUGGGUUUUGGUCUGUUGGUUGGACAAAACAAGCAAUUUGACAACAUCACCUUGAGCUUUGUGAAAUUGUGAUGGGUGUUUUUCACUGAUCUCUUAACAUUUAAUAGACAGACACACAGCAGGCAGGGUAUGGGUACCCUUUGUGUUAUUAGUCCUACAUCUGCACAGAAAAAAAUACUUGUGUGUACAAUCUCUAUCCACAUUACAUUUUUAAUUAGAAAUCUAUUUAGUUUUAGUGGUUGUUGUGAUGCAUGUAUUCCCUAAAAAUCCUGCAAGAAAGCUGCAUUUGAAAUUCAAUUUGCAGCCAGGAAAUCUGUAACACCAAUUAAUGGUCCCUGACAUCUCAAGAAUCACACUCAGGGUCUAUUAUAGUGUCUACAUUUAUUCUGCUAGUUACAAAACAAAAGUUAGUUUAAUAGAUAUUCUGCUAGUAGUAUUUGCUAGGGAUAUUCACUGUAAAAUUUGUAUAAUGGCAAUAUAUAUCUCAUUAUAUAUCAUUACAUGUAUAACACUGUUACACUGAGAGAAACUUUGCUAAUAUCUAUUCUCUUGGUCGUCAAUAUGGCGUUAUUGGUACACGGCCACACAGUCUAGCACGGCCGCGAGCUUUGUGACGCGGAUGUGAUGCGCGGUAACUGACGGUAUCACCUCGUGAACGCGCAAGCAAGAGCAGCAAUGGCCGCUUUGCAUCGGCGAAAUCCUAAUCUCGACGAUUUUGUCGGAUUAAACUGGAGUUGUUGGGUAGAUAGGGUGAAUAUUUUACCAUCUGACGCUGGGUCUAAUGUUGAAGACAGCAGCAAGUAUGGGAAGAACCACUCUGAGACCAUGGCCCUCAGGAAAGAAGAUAUGCACAUAUAUGGCCACUGCCCAGCACAUGAUGAGAUCCAUCUGGUGGUCUGCAGCCACUGUGGCCAGGUGGUGAAGCCUCAAGCCUUUGAGAAGCACUGUGAGAGGCGGCAUGGUCCUCUCACUAAGAUGUGUGGCCAGUCAUCUACUUUGGCUCCGCAGCAGCGACCUCGCCCUGGCCGUCCUCCGUCAAAUCUUUCCUCCUCUAGAGAGAGGCAGAAGGACGGCAGCUGUCAUGAAGCCAGUGCCCCCUCCUCAGCAGCAUUACCUGUCCAGCACAGGCUUACCAAGGCCCAGAAGGAGGUAUUAAGUUUUCCUUCGGUGGAGAAGUUCUCUCAGGAGAACCCUCCCCUCCCACACCACUCCUCCUCCACGCCUCGCCCCAGGGUUCCUCCGUGGCACUCAGGACCCCUGCCCCCUGGCCGCUCUUCCUCCUCCACUUCUCCAUCAGAGAGACCCUCUGUGCAGAGGCCCACAGCUGGGCAGUCCAGUGACUCUCACAGUCCUCUGCAGGGAAUGAGAACCUACAGCCGAAUUUACAAAAACAUCGGCAAGAAAGAAUGUGACCUAAACAAACACUGCAGGAUUCUGGAUCCAGAAAGAACAAAGCUGUGCACCCGGGAGCUUAUAUGCAAUACUGAUUCCAUCCACCAGCAGCAGAAAGCAUUGGGAAAGACUAAGACCUUUGAUCAUUUGGCAGUGGAACAGAGAGCAGCCUCAGCAGGUCGAGAUAUGGAGCAGCUUCUUGUCAAGUCAAAAGAGCAACAUUUGGAAGCUUUUGAAGAGAAAAUAACAACUCAGGGCAGUAAAUACAACUUAAACAGCAACUGUCACUUUCUCAGCAGGUGUAAGGAUCCAUCAGAAAGCUUUCCAGAGGAGGAAGGCGACAGCACUGUGGAAGUGGAGUUACAACCUCCCUAUCCCUUCAACCAGAGCCUGCUGUCAAGCGACGAGAGUGAAGACGGUGUGCAGGAGGAAGCCACAGACCUGCCUGCCACACCCUGGCACCCCAAACCUCUUGGGCUAUGCACUUUUGGAUGCCGCACAUUGGGUUGCAGCAUCUUCACUUUCGACCGGCGUUGGCACCACCUGCGGUUUGCCCUCAGUGCCAUGUUGGAGCACCAUGUCAACACACACUUGUGGAAGAAAAUGCCUCAAUCAUCAGGUCUCAGGUCACAUCAUGUCAUACCUCCAACUGUAGGAUCACCUAUCAGGACUGGGGCCAGACCCUCCAAAUCCACUGGUUCCCUCAGUCUUGAGUCUACCUCACUGGGCCAACAGGAAACCAAAAGCAGUCAGCACAAUUCUCACAGAACCAAAUCGCCUACUUCCACCACCUCUGCGAGCCGUGGGCCUGGCCGAUGGCGCAACCCUGUUGUCCGACCCAGCAAGGCUCGGCUGAGGGAGGUGGAGCUUAUGCAAGAUGCAAGUGCAGCACAGAAAGCUGCCAAGCUGUCACAGAGCAGUGAAGAGAAAUCCUCCAAAUACAUCAGGGAUCCACCCCUCCAUGAGAAGGGCCAGCCACACGUCCCCUCCUCUCAAGGACCAAUAAAUGGUACCUUCUCACACGGAAAGAAGCCAUGUCCCCCUCUCCAUCGCUCCCCCCGCAGCAGAGGGAGGCCCCCAGGGAUUCAGCACAAGGUGGCGGGCUAUGACCACAGGGGUCUUGCCCAAAAGCGUAAAGGCAGCAAUGAGUCACCACCCCUCAGCUCCUCACUAUCCAGAACCUCCAAGUGUCAACGCUUGUCCUCCCCUUCCUGCUCCAGCCUCCUCGCUUGGAAGGGAGAGAGUAUCAGCGAUGUGCUGGCUUGGGGCCUGGAGAAAAGAUCUGACUCCUAAAGUUGAAUGCAUUUGUAGGUGACAGUUGCCGUUUCCCUCUCAUCUUCACAGCCAAUAAAGAAGCCAGCCUUAAAAAAAAAAACACUUGGAGAAGAGGCCUGCUGCAGGCUGCAGCUGCUGCCAGCAUAGUAUGAGUGUGUAAUGUGUUUGGUGUGUGUGUGUGUGUGUGUGUGUGUGAGAGUGAGUGAGUAUGUUUCUGUCCACAUUUGUUUAUGUCUUCACAUUUUUAUGCACAGACAUCAGGAAUAAAUACUUGUCUGCAUAUAUGUGAAUUUUGCAAAAUUUCUAUUUUUCUAUGUAAUUAAAUGUCACAGUUUAUUACCUGUGUAAGAAUAUAAUAAAAAUACCUCAGUCUACUCAUCAUGCUGCUACAGUGAAAAGUCAUUUAAUGGCAAAACAAUAAAAAAACGUCUUGAAUCCUUACA